AUGGAUAGACGAACCCCCUACACUUUGAGCGUCCUUGCGCCCAGUACAGACGGUGCUGAAGAGUCGCGCACACAGAUUCAGGCUCUAUUGCGCGAGUUCGUGCUAGAGUUCCAGCUGGAUAAUGCCUUCAUUUACAGAGACCAACUCCGUCAAAAUGUCCUAGUAAAACAGUACUACUGUGACAUUGACAUCGCGCACUUGAUCUCCUAUAACGAGGAGUUGGCACACAAGCUCACUACAGAACCUGCAGACAUCAUCCCUCUUUUUGAGGCAGCUCUCCAACAAUGCACCCAGAGAAUCGUCUAUCCUUCACAAAGAGACAUCAUCCUUCCCACCCACCAGCUUCUUCUCCACUCUUCUGCAUCUCAUAUAUCCAUUCGUGACCUAAAUGCCACCAACAUCUCUCAUCUUGUCCGUAUCCCCGGAAUCGUGAUUGGCGCCUCGACCAUAUCGUCCAAGGCAACGACUGUGCAUAUCAAAUGCAGGAAUUGCGAGUAUAGCGAGAAUAUUCACGUAGAGGGCGGGUUCUCUGCACUCUCGUUGCCCAGACGCUGUGGUCGCAAGCCGCAGCCCGGGGAAGCUCGGGAAGAGCCCUGCCCGCUCGACCCUUAUGUCAUUUCCCAUGAAAAGUGCCAGUUUGUUGAUCAACAGGUCCUCAAGCUGCAAGAAGCCCCCGAUCAAGUUCCGGUUGGGGAACUCCCAAGGCAUGUACUCAUCUCUGCUGACCGAUACCUGGCCAACCGAGUCGUUCCUGGAUCUCGCUGCACUGUCAUGGGUAUUUUCACCAUCUACCAGUCGAAAGGUGGCAGAAAGGACGCCGCUGUUGCCCUCCGAAAUCCAUACCUACGGGCCGUUGGGAUCACUACCGAUAUGGACCAAACCGUGAAAGGCAAUGCUGUCUUCUCAGAUGAGGAGGAACAGGAGUUUUUGGAAUUGAGUCGCCGACCAGACCUGUACGAUGCCCUCGCUAGGAGCAUCGCCCCGUCGAUCUACGGAAACUUAGACAUCAAAAAGGCUAUUGUAUGCCUUUUGAUGGGAGGGUCGAAAAAGAUUCUUCCCGAUGGGAUGAAACUCCGUGGAGAUAUCAACGUCCUACUUCUAGGUGACCCGGGUACCGCAAAGUCCCAACUUCUCAAGUUCGUGGAGAAAGCGGCUCCGAUAGCAAUUUACACGUCCGGAAAAGGUUCCUCCGCGGCUGGUCUGACUGCUUCCGUGCAGCGUGACCCUUCGACACGCGAAUUCUAUCUUGAAGGAGGUGCAAUGGUGCUUGCAGAUGGUGGUGUUGUGUGUAUUGAUGAAUUCGACAAGAUGCGGGAUGAAGAUCGAGUUGCUAUCCACGAAGCUAUGGAGCAGCAAACUAUCUCCAUUGCUAAAGCUGGUAUCACCACUAUCCUCAAUUCUAGGACGUCCGUUCUGGCAGCGGCAAACCCCAUAUUCGGAAGAUAUGACGACCUGAAAAGCCCGGGCGAGAAUAUCGAUUUCCAAACAACUGUCUUGUCUCGAUUUGAUAUGAUCUUCAUUGUCCGUGAUGACCACAACCGCGCCCGUGAUGAGAACAUAGCACGACACGUAAUGGGAGUCCACAUGGGCGGCCGGGGUCUUGAAGAACAAGUCGAGGCAGAGAUUCCAGUGGAGACCAUGAGGCGAUACAUCAGCUACUGCCGAAGCCGCUGCGCCCCCCGUCUCUCCCCUGAAGCUGCAGAGAAGCUUUCAUCACACUUUGUUUCCAUCCGCAAGCAAGUACACAGCGCGGAAAUAGAGGCCAAUGCCCGAUCCUCCAUCCCCAUCACCAUCCGUCAGCUAGAAGCCAUCAUCCGUAUCACCGAGUCCCUAGCCAAAUUAUCACUAUCACCUGUCGCCACAGAAGCACACGUCGACGAGGCCAUCCGCCUCUUCCUAGCCUCGACAAUGGACGCGGUGACCCAAGGCGAGGGCCAGGGCAACAAACAGCUCAUGGAGGAAGCCGGCAAGGUUGAAGAGGAGUUGAAACGCCGCCUCCCCAUUGGCUGGAGCACAAGUCUGGCAACUUUGCGGCGUGAAUUUGUUGAUGGCAAAUCGUACAGCGAACAAGCUCUCAAUCGGGCCUUAGUGGUUCUGCAAAGACGAGAAACCAUACAGAUACGUUCUGGUGGAUCGCAGAUCUAUCGGAGAGGCGUCUAG